AAAACACCGGUGGAGAAACCAGCCAGUCAACAGCAGCGUGGGCGGAAGGAAGGGUAUAAAGUACAGAGACGUUGGUGCUUCAUUCACACAACUGAAACCCUGCGGCACUAAACACACACACACACACACAGUAGUGUAUUAUAUUACAAUGUUACUGAAACACAAGGUCAGUAUGAGCGAGAGAACCGAGGAGAACAUAAGGAUCCUGUUCUUCUGCAGAGGCUGUGAGGAACCGUAUGUUCAGAUCAUCAUGGUGAGGAAGGAGAAACGUUCCCAGAGUGUGUACAGCUCUCCAAGUGUGUUGAUAUCUGAGGAUGAGGACACUGAGGACACACUUCCUGUGCUGCAGCAGGACAGUCACAUCAUCAGGGAGCAUCACAUAGAGAAGUUAGCUCCACGUCUCCCAGCUCGUGUUCAGUGCUCUCCCUGGCAGCUGGUUUACAGCACAGAAAUUCACGGCACCAGCCUGAAAACCCUGUACAGGAAAACAACAGAAAUCCAACAACCGGUACUACUGCUGAUACAAGACACACACAACCAGGUAUUCGGGGCAUUUUCCUCAGACUCGUUCAGAGUGAGUGAUUGCUGCUACGGAACUGGGGAAACGUUCCUCUUCACAUUCAGCCCCAAGUUUAAGAUGUUCCAGUGGAGUGGAGAGAACUCGUACUUUGUGAGAGGGUUCCUCGACUCGCUGCAGCUCGGAGCGGGAGGAGGGCCAUUCGGGUUGUGGUUAGACUCGGAUCUUCUCCGUGGCUCGACGUUUUCCUGUAACACUUUCCGUAACACUCCUCUGUCUCCACAUCACGACUUCAGCGUGCAGGUGCUCGAGGUGUGGAGCUUCCAGUGAACACAAGAACCCACCAGAGAACCUCAUCCUGAAUGUGUCCAUAUCAUUCACACACACACACACACACACACACACACACACACACAGUGACUGUGAUGAUCACACAUCCUUUACUAGCAGUUUUAUAUCACACUAACGUGUGUGUGUAAGUGUCAGUGUGUAAGAAACACAGUUGUAAAUAAUAUUAAAUUGUAAAAAUGUGUACAGUUUUGUAUUUACAUUUUUUAACAUGUUAAAUUAUAGUGUUGUUCUGCAGUGUGUGUUUUAUCUCCGUGCUGGUGCUGAUUCUUUUAUCUCCAAUAAAUUUUUUUUUCUGCUGA